AUGGCUGCUCUCGCUAACGCUGCUGUGCUCCCCUCCACCUUCGUCGGCCAGAGCGCUGAGCUCGCCGCCAAGGUGAACAAUGUCGAGGCCCGCGUGACGAUGAGGAAGACCGCCAAGGCGGCUUCCAGCAGCGCCUUCUACGGCCCCGACCGCAACCUGUUCCUGGGCCCCUUCUCCUCCCCCCCGUCGUACCUCACCGGCGAGUACCCUGGCGACUACGGCUGGGACACGGCGGGUCUGUCCGCUGAUCCCGAGACCUUCGCCAAGAACCGCGAGCUGGAGGUGAUCCACGCUCGGUGGGCUCUGCUCGGCGCGCUCGGCUGCCUGACCCCCGAGCUGCUGGCCGGCAACGGCGUGAACUUCGGCGAGGCCGUGUGGUUCAAGGCCGGCGCGCAGAUCUUCUCCGAGGGUGGCCUUGACUACCUGGGCAACCCCAGUCUGAUCCACGCGCAGUCCAUCCUGGCCAUCUGGGCCACCCAGGUCAUCCUCAUGGGUGCCGUCGAGAGCUACCGCGUGGGUGGCCUUGAGGGUUUCCAGGAGGUUGAGGACCCCCUGUACCCCGGCGGUGCCUUCGACCCCCUGGGUCUGGCCGACGACCCCGACGCUCUUGCGGAGCUGAAGGUGAAGGAGCUGAAGAACGGCCGCCUCGCCAUGGUGUCGAUGUUCGGCUUCUUCGUGCAGGCCAUCGUCACCGGCAAGGGCCCCCUGGAGAACCUGUCCGACCACCUGGCUGACCCCACCGUCAACAACGCGUGGGCCUAUGCCACCAACUUCACCCCCGCCCAGACAUACAGCAUGGCUGCUCUCGCUAACGCUGCUGUGCUCCCCUCCACCUUCGUCGGCCAGAGCGCUGAGCUCGCCGCCAAGGUGAACAAUGUCGAGGCCCGCGUGACGAUGAGGAAGACCGCCAAGGCGGCUUCCAGCAGCGCCUUCUACGGCCCCGACCGCAACCUGUUCCUGGGCCCCUUCUCUUCCCCCCCAUCGUACCUCACCGGCGAGUACCCCGGCGACUACGGCUGGGACACGGCGGGUCUGUCCGCUGAUCCCGAGACCUUUGCCAAGAACCGCGAGCUUGAGGUGAUCCACGCUCGGUGGGCUCUGCUCGGCGCGCUCGGCUGCCUGACCCCCGAGCUGCUGGCCGGCAACGGCGUGAACUUCGGCGAGGCCGUGUGGUUCAAGGCCGGCGCGCAGAUCUUCUCCGAGGGUGGUUUGGACUACCUGGGCAACCCCAGUCUGAUCCACGCGCAGUCCAUCCUGGCCAUCUGGGCCACCCAGGUCAUCCUCAUGGGUGCCGUCGAGAGCUACCGCGUGGGUGGCCUUGAGGGCUUCCAAGAGGUUGAGGACCCCCUGUACCCCGGCGGUGCCUUCGACCCCCUGGGUCUGGCCGACGACCCCGAUGCGCUUGCGGAGCUGAAGGUGAAGGAGCUGAAGAACGGCCGCCUCGCCAUGGUGUCGAUGUUCGGCUUCUUCGUGCAGGCCAUCGUCACCGGCAAGGGCCCCCUGGAGAACCUGUCCGACCACCUGGCUGACCCCACCGUCAACAACGCGUGGGCCUAUGCCACCAACUUCACCCCCGGUGCUUAA